AUGGGCGGCUUCAUUCCUGCGAGAGAGGCGAAGGUGUGCCCGAUCGGUUCAUACCACUACACCUGCUCCGGCUUCGAGGGUUGCUGCGAGGUCAACCCUUGUGAGACUACCAGAUGCCCAGACGAGUACAACCCUUACUUGACUGCGACGGAGCUUCAGGCCCUGAAGACCAUCGCAUCUGUCGCCGCGCCGGUCUUGGUCUCUCCUACCUCAUCCUCGUCGAAGGCGUCCUCCGCUACCACUGACAAGAAGGUCCAGUCUUCGACCUCCUCUGAUAAUCCGACUACCACCCUCAGCUCGCCCGAGCCGACCGCAACCGGAGGCAUUUGGCUCACUGACAAUCGUGGUUCUCCAGCUUCUACCAUCGCCCCCGAUGAUUCCACUGGAACUCCGUUCUUCGUUUCUCCCCACACUUAUACCCCAACGGUUCCUGUCGAGACCCAGGCCAUCGACACUUCAGCUCCUGCCCUGGCGGUCAAGUCUGAUCAACAUGACCUUCCGGUCGCUGCGCAGGCUGGCAUCGCUGUCUCUGCUUUGGUGGUAAUCUGUAUGGUCAUCGCCGCCUACUUUCUGUGCACCAAGCAGAGAAAGAAGCUCAGAGCUUCUCGAGAGUCCAUCAGCUCCAUGAGCAAAGACGGACGCAAGCACAGUUCAGAGGACGAGACCAGCCAGCCGGCCAUGACUACCAAUCCGUUCUGUCCUGAGGAGGUCUUUUCCCCCUAUGGAAGACGCUACGAAGAGCCUCAAACUCGCUUCAACCGAAUCAAUGAUAUGAGUGCCAGUCGGAUGAUGAAUCACCCGGUUAGUCCCGAUACCCGCGAUUCGAUAGCUGCUACAGCCAGCCCUGACUUCUUGUCUCGCACCGCAACAACCACUCCCGACGUGGGAUAUCGCACGGCCAAUUCCACUCCCGACUUCACGUUCCGCAUGACAACCCCGGACCACAUGUCUCGGCUGGGUACUGCCACCCCUGAGCUCCAUGGCCCCCCUCAGCAAGCAGCCAUUGCUGAACUGGCCUCUCCUGGUCUGCCAAAGGUUGUCGAAAUCCACAGCAGUCGUAGCGGCUUGCAGAAGUACAAGCCGUACCGCCCCGACGGCGGCUCACUCUACCCUGUGGCGGAGACCACUCCCAGCUACCUCACCGGUACCCUGAACGCCACGCAACAUGAGCGCUCUGAGGGUAGAUACGUGACUAGUUGGUCAAAGUGGGACCCUGCUGCCUGA